GCAGACAUUCUGAACUCCACCUUAUCUAUGACACAACGAAAAGGUGCAUGUGACAGCACUGCAGCAAUGAGUGGAAUUUUAAAGAGGAAGUUUGAAGAAGUUGAUGGCUCCUCACCAUGUUCCUGUGUGUGGGAAUCAGAUGAUGACAUUUCUAGCAGUGAAAGUGCUGACAGUGGAAGCAAUGUCCAUCCAUCAGCUUCUAAUCAUUUUACCCGUGCAUGUGACAGCAUUGCAGCGAUGAGUGGAAUUUUAAAGAGGAAGUUUGAAGAAGUUGAUGGCUCCUCACCAUGUUCCUCUGUGCGGGAAUCAGAUGAUGACAUUUCUAGCAGUGAAAGUGCUGACAGUGGUGAUAGUGUCAAUCCAUCCACUUCUAAUCAUUUUACCCCUUCCUCAAUCCUUAAAAGAGAGAAGAGGAAGAGAACAAAAAAUGUCCAUUUUAACUGUGUUACUGUGUAUUACUUCACGAGAAGGCAAGGCUUCACCAGUGUUCCUAGCCAAGGAGGAAGCACCCUGGGAAUGUCCACUCGCCACAACAGUGUGCGCCAGUACACGCUUGGAGAGUUUGCAAUGGAACAGGAGAGGCUUCACCGGGAGAUGCUAAGAGAGCAUCUAAGGGAGGAAAAACUCAAUUCUCUAAAAUUAAAGAUGACAAAGAAUGGUACAGUGGAAUCUGAAGAGGCGAAUACCCUGACACUGGAUGACAUUUCUGAUGAUGAUAUUGAUCUAGACAACACUGAAGUAGAUGAGUACUUCUUUCUACAACCCCUGCCGACAAAAAAGCGAAGGGCACUGCUACGAGCUUCUGGAGUGAAAAAGAUUGAUGUGGAAGAAAAACAUGAGCUGCGAGCCAUCCGGCUGUCCAGAGAGGAUUGUGGCUGUGACUGCCGUGUGUUUUGUGAUCCAGAAACUUGCACUUGCAGUCUUGCAGGCAUAAAAUGUCAGGUGGAUCGUAUGUCUUUUCCAUGCGGUUGCACUAAAGAAGGGUGUAGCAAUACAGCAGGUAGAAUUGAAUUUAAUCCUAUCCGUGUACGGACUCACUUUUUGCACACAAUAAUGAAACUCGAAUUGGAAAAAAAUAGAGAGCAGCAAGUUCCAGCACUAAAUGGUUGCCACAGUGAGAUAAGUGCACACACUAGUUCUAUGAGUCCAGGACCGCAUCCGGUUGAAUAUUCAAUUGCAGAAAAUUUUGAGGUUGAAACUGAACCUCAGGCUGCAGUUAUGCAUUCUCAGUCAGCCGAGGACUUGGACUGCCCUGGGGAAGAGGAGGAAGAGGAAGAUGGGAGUAGCUUUUGUAGUGGAGUUACAGAUUCUAGCACUCAGAGUUUAGCCCCUAGUGAAUCAGAUGAUGAUGAAGAGGAAGAGGAAGAUGAGGAAGAUGAUGAGGAAGAAAAAGCAGAUGAUUUUGUAGAAAGCAUGGGCUCCCAUGCUGAUAUGGUGCCUCUUCCUUCUGUCCUUUGCUACUCUGAUGGAACUGCUGUGCAUGAAAACCACUCUAAAAACGCCUCAUACUAUACUAACUCUUCAAAUCUGUAUUACCAAAUAGAGAACCAUGUUGCUGGCACUGCUAACCAGAUUGGUGAGACUUACUCAGAAAGGGAUGCUGUAAAGAAUGGUAGUCUUUCUCUGGUGCCUUACAACAUGACUUCAGAACAGUUUGUUGACUACACACGGCAAUCAGAGGAAACUUUUAGCAGCCCUCAUUACCCUUCUGCAAACCCCUCAGUGAUUGUUUGCUGCUCAUCUUCUGAAGGUGAUAGCAGUGCUCCAUGUAACAGUUUAUACACUGAGCAUAGGCCAAGUCACUCUCAAGUGGAAUUUCACUCAUACUUGAAAGGUCCUUCUCAAGAUGGAUUUGUUUCAGCUUUGAAUGGCGAGAGUCGUGUACAAGAGCACCCUGCUGAGAAUUCACUAAACCUCCCAGAAAGGAGUAGACUGCACGAAGAGUGCAUCAAAUCACCAGUGGUAGAAACGGUACCUGUUUAAUAUUAAAAUUCUCCUAGGACUGACUUCCUGUAUUGAAAUGCACUCAAAUUGGAUUUCCUAGAAUCUUACUUUUUUUAAGAGGUAGAAAACACUUGGACUGUCAUCAGUGUUCCAGACACAUUUUGUUUUCUCAAGCUACGUUGGCAGUGGCAUUGCACAAAGUCAGUUUGUAAUGUAAAGAUUUAAAAAACAAACAAACACAUCAAACUGUCUUUUGAUUAAAAAUAAAACAACGUAAGUAAAAAAACACACCCAACAUAUUUCACUGUAGCCUACCUGUCAAAGUAUGUGAAACCUGCCAAGCUAUCUGAAUCAAAGCUUCAUGUUUCCGAUUGUCGGGCCUGUGCAAGAUUGUUAAAAAUGAUACUUUGAAAUAAUCAUGUUUAGAGUCCUAAUUUUCAACAUAUCUGAAAAGAGGUUCUCUAGGGACUGAAUUCCACAUUAACAACAGACUCCAUCUCCUAGGAAAGUGCAGUGAUGUUGAUUAACUGGCUCAGCAGGCCCUGCCCCUCCCAGUCGCAGAACACCCUAAUCCCUUUCUGUACAGGCUGAAUAGCCAGAUGAUCUUGCAUACUAAAGUUAUGGAGAUAUCUCAACAGUAAAGCAACAUAUUUAAUUGGACUACUGCUUUUAAACUGUUUGAAGAAGCGAAGGGAAAGAAAUUCUAUCCUAAAUCUGUACAUGGAAAUUAUUUUAAACUUCACGAACUAUACAUUUCCUUAAUUAGUUUAUUCUCUUUCUUAAAUAAGUUGUAACAUCAAAGAUGCCAAAGGGUAAUAUAAGCUACAAUAAUAUUCAACAGAACUUAACCUAGACCUUAUGUUGUAAUAAUUUAUUCAAAUUAACUGUAUUCUCCUGUAUUUAUAUUUUCAGUAUUUAUUAUGAAUGAUAUGGAAUUUGAUGUAUUUAUUGUGGCUUACUACUGCAGUGUAUAUAUUACAAAAAUGAGCAUUUUUAAGUCUUAACAUUAGUUUUUUUGUUAAUUAGUGGCACUUGUAUCGGCUGUAUUUUUAUUAUAUAUUGUACAAUAUAUAUUGUCCAUUUGUUUGCAAUGAAGUAAAACAGGUUUCUACGUUACAUCAUG